AUGAGUAUCAUUACAUCAAGCACUGCUAUUAUCUCUACGAGUGAUCCUAAAGUUGGAUGGCAGGAUGGUUCAGAUCGACGGGGCACCUGGGAAAUUAUUACAACAUCGCAUGCGCUAUUUGAACUUGUGAUGGCUGUGCAGUCAACAGUCGACAUUCAGAAUAAUGGACAGAUCAAAACUGCUAGAUACAACUGGAUAAUCAAGCUGUAUCUUGUUAUUGUGGGUGACCGAAGCUUUAAUAAAGCCCUAAACACAUCCAACGAUUCCGAACAAUGCAAUACCUCAGAAAAGAUCAAGUGGACAAUUACCCAUUCGUAUUUCGCGAAUAUGGGGGGGAUCUACAAUAACCGCAAGGUUGCUGUAACUGCAGCCCAUAUCUCUCAGAUCCCUGAAGUCUACAAUCGAUUGAACCUGACAGAAGAUAUGGUUAAGGAUAAAGGAAAACGCGACUAUUUUGCAAAAGGGCUUGCAGUUUUACAGAUUUCACAGCUUGUUCUUUCUCUUAUAGUUCGAGCAUAUCGGAAUCUGCCGUUUUCACAGCUGGAAACGCUUACCCUGGCUUUCUCUGUUUGUGGCGUUGCAACCUAUGUGGCCUACUGGUAUAAGCCACAGGAUGUGGGAUUGCCUAUCUCGAUCAAAGAGAUGAAUGGCCUCGAAUCACGUCGUUUCGACAAGUCCUACGACAACUUUUGGAAUAUCCUUACCAACUCCGAACGUUCUUCCACGAAUGAAGAUUAUGAUCGUAUUGAAAAUGACAAUAUCCCAAAGGGCACAUCUCAAAUCACCCAUGGAAGCAUUCCAGUCCUUGCCAUGCUUUCGGCUGCUUUCGGCAGCUUACACCUGAUAGCAUGGAAUUUUGAGUUUCCAACAAAUAUUGAACAACUACUGUGGAGGAUAACAACUAUUGCAUCAGUUGCAGUACCUGUGAUGGGUCUAAUCACUAUUCCAUUGGCCCAGAUUACUAUUCCUGCAGGUGACCCAAGAGAAUUCAUGCGGGACUGCCUGCGACUCCUGCGCGAGCUAUCCUGGGAUCAACCAGAUAGACAAGAUAUUCGGCAAGCGAGAGCAGAUCUAGAGAAGAUCUAUAUUGAACCAGAUUUUGAAACUGAUGCUGCUCGAAUGAGAAAUGAGUCUUGCUGUCACGGUGCAAACCCAGAGCACCUACCCGAUCCGCUCAACCUAACCGACCCGUUUGACCUGUUUGACCUCUUCCACCCCUUGACCGCCCUGCACGUGACCCGCGACCUCCUUAACCUCCUGCCUGCUCCCGAUCCUGUUGUAGCUCUCCGUCUUGUCUAUGAACCUGAAGAUAGCCUGACUAAGUAG